AUGAAUGCCUUUCCGCGCAACUCGAUUCGCAGCUUCCUCGUCCACGCGAAGAGCGCUCUGCGCACUGCAAUCGCCAAUCGUGAGCGUGUCACCUUUGUUAUCGGCAAUGAAUCUGCUGACCUCGACUCUUUGACCUGCUCGCUUCUCUAUGCCUACGUCCGCAGCCAGCGCCCGCCACCCAACGCCUUCACACCGCUCUACAUUCCCGUCGUCAACAUCCCCGCCGCCGACAUCAGCAUCCGCCCCGAGUUCCUCGACCUGCUUCCCCACGCCAACCUACAGCCGCAGCACCUCAUCACUCUCGACGACCUUCCGUCUCUGGAGGCGAUUGGGCAGGCGUUGCCGCCGGAAAACACAAAGUGGAUUCUGGUUGACCACAAUGCGCUGCAAGGCAUUCUGGGGAAGGUGUACGGGGGGCGCGUCGGCGGAGUUAUAGAUCACCAUGAGGACGAGCACAAGGUUCCAGAAGACACGGCUGACGAGCCUCGAGUCAUAUCGAAAUCAGGAAGUUGCUCAAGUCUGGUAGCGGAGUUCGUCCGACCCGCAUGGGAUGCCUUAUCUUCUGUGUCAGUGUCGUCCGGGGCUGCUCAUGGACAGGCCGACGAGGCUGCCAACGACGCGGUCCAGGUCCGCCUGUGGGACGCGCAGGCCGCGCAGCUCGCGUUGGCCAGCAUCCUGAUAGACACCACGAAUCUCACGUCCAAGGACAAAACCACUCAGCAUGACGUGGCUGCGUCCGGGUACUUGGAAGCCAAGGUCAUGCUGUGUGACAGGACAAACCCGGAAUUCAACAGGGACAAAUUCUACGACGAGAUCAACCGCGCGAAGCAGGACAUCGGCCGAUUGGCGCUAACUGACAUCCUGCGCAAGGACUACAAGCAGUGGAACGAAGGCGGGGUCAAGCUCGGCAUUAGCUCUGUCGUCAAGCCGCUCGACUUCCUGCAAGCAAAGGCCAAACAGGAAAAGCACGCCAACUUGUCUUUCUGCGACGCCCUCGGGGAAUUCGCCAAGCAGAGAGAGCUGGACAUGUAUGCGAUCAUGACAGCAUUCACCAACGACGACGGCGAGUUCUGCAGGCAGCUGCUGCUCUGGGGCAUAUCAGAUCGCGCGGUGGCGCAGGCUCGUGCGUUCGCCGAAUCUGCAGCUGAAGAGUUGGGCCUGCAAGAGCUGGAGGGCGAGUUCCAUGUCCCCGGCCACCAUGCGGGAUGGAAAAAGGCGUGGCGGCAGCGGAACAUUGCCGCCAGCCGCAAGCAGGUUGCACCGCUGCUGAGGGAAAAGAUGAGGUGA